GUACCCGGUGGUGCUGCGGCGCUUCGAGCUCCGGGCGGGCUUGGGGUACCCGGUGGUGCUGCGGCGCUUCGAGCUCCGGGCGGGCUCGGGGUACCCGGUGGUGCUGCGGCGCUUUGAGCUCCGGGUGGGCUCGGGGUACCCGGUGGUGCUGCGGCGCUUCGAGCUCCGGGUGGGCUCGGGGUACCCGGUGGUGCUGCGGCGCUUCGAGCUCCGGGCGGGCUCGGGGUACCCGGUGGUGCUGCGGCGCUUCGAGCUCCGGGCGGGCUCGGGGGGCGCGGGCCGGCACCGGGGCGGGGAUGGGGUGGUCCGGGAGCUGCAGUUCCGGGCGCCCACCCAGCUCUCGGUGCUGAGCGAGCGCCGGGCCACCAGGCCCUAUGGGAUGGCAGGGGGGCUCCCGGGGGCGCCGGGGCUGAACCUGCUGCUGCGGAGGGACGGGAGAGUGAUCAACCUGGGCGGCAAGAGCUCGGUCUGCGUGGAGCCAGGGGACGUGUUCCGGCUGCUGACCCCGGGCGGGGGCGGGUUCGGCCCCCCCGAGGACGGGGCUGGGGGCGCCCCCCGGGACCCCCCGGACCCCCAGGACCUCUGGGCCCCCCGGGACCCCCAAAACAACGCCCCAAACGCCCCAAACGCCCCAAACGCCCCAACCCCACAGGCCCCACGGACCUUCCUGGAGCGCGGCAGCGUCUUCGAGUUCCGGCAGGCGCAGGAGGCCGUGUGAGACCCCAAAACGGCUAUGGGGCACCCCAAAACGGUUAUGGGGCACCCCAAACCUGCUAUGGGGCACCCCAAACCUGCUGUGGGGCACCCCAAACCUGCUAUGGGGCACCCCAAAAUGGUUAUGGGGCACCCCAAACCUGCUAUGGGGCACCCCAAACCUGCUAUGGGGCAUCCCAAACCUGCUAUGGGGCACCCCAAAACGGUUUAUGGGGCACCCCAAACCUGCUAUGCGGCACCCCAAACCUGCUAUGGGCACCCCAAACCUGCUAUGGGGCAGGCCAAAAUGGUUAUGGGGCACCCCAGACCUGCUAUGGGGCACCCCAAAAUGGUUAUGGGGCACCCCAAACCUGCUAUGGGCCACCCCAAACCUGCUAUGGGGCAGGCCAAAAUGGUUAUGGGGCGCCCCAAACCUGCUAUGGGGCACCCCAAACCUGCUAUGGGCCACCCCAAACCUGCUAUGGGGCACCCCAAAACAGUUAUGGGGCACCCCAAACCUGCUAUGGGGCAGGCCAAACCUGCUGUGGGG